AUGCACUUCUGUCUAAGGUACCACGAAGAAAUAUUUUAUGGAGAGUGGACAACAAAUGGAGCAAGAAGUGGGGCCCCAAAUGAUUUCGCUGGUGGAUGCCUGAAUUUUUCUGCCACAUGUUGUAAUAAUCCACAGUACCUUCUUAAUCUAUCUCAGCCGGGAGAACUCAUGUUGUCAUUGACGCAGUGUGAAAUUAAUGAAGGAGUGAAGAAAAGAGAUCCUUAUGUAACCAUUGGGAUCCAUGUCAUGAAAGUUGAAAACAACCGGAUGCAUCGUGUACAUCAACCACACUUCGAGGACUACACAGCGGAGCAUUCGCAUAGCAUUCCCAUAGACAACUCUUAG